AUGGCUAACAACACUCGCGACCUGCACACACUAAAUACCCUCGCUGGCAAGACUGUGAUCAUAACAGGCGGCGCAAACGGUAUAGGAGCCGAGACUGUGCGAUUGUUCAACUCAUAUGGAGCGCAUACAGUUAUUGCCGAUCUUGAACACACUCGUGCUGAGGCGGAAUGUGUCAUUCGAUCCUUGAAGCAUCCUGCCUCAGCGGUAUUCGUCAGUGUCAACAUUCUCCUCUGGGAUGAAAUGAAAGCCCUUUUCUCCCAAUGCAUACAGCAUUUUGGCAAGGUCGACGUUGUUGUAGCUAAUGCGGGCAUAAUGGAGAGUGAAAGUCUUUUUGAUAUUGAAACCGUCGACGAGCAGGGAGAAUUACGCGAAUCAACCGAAGGGUUUCGCGUGAUUGAUGUUAACCUCAAAGGAACCAUUAACACGUUGCGGCUCGCACUGCAUUACAUGCAACACAAUGAACCAACUUCUCAUGGUGGUCUGAGAGGAUCUGUGGUUCUCGUUACUUCAACAUCAGGAUACUUCGGAACUACUGGCGUCGGCGCAUACAUAACGUCGAAGCAUGGACUCACGGGCCUACUUCGAGCGUCACAGCAAGUUGUGCGAGGCCUUGGUGUUGCGGUCAAUGCUGUUGCUCCGUUCUUCACGCCAACACCAACCUUCAGAGAGUUGGCCGAGAAAUGGAAGGAUUCGGGCCUCCGGUCGAAUACCCCAGGAGAUGUCGCUCAGGCUAUCGCCCUUGCCUCUGCACAGAAUGAGACUGGAAAAUGUUACAUGGUUGUUGGGCGGAAAUUGGUAGAAGUGGAAGAUAGCAGAAGCCAGCUUAUUGAGCAGUGGCUUGGACAAGAAAUGACAGAAUUGCUACAAUCUGCUAGCAAACUCUUUGAGGACAAUGGUUAUCCCUUGCCUAAAAGGCACAAGGAUCUCUAA